UUUGGUUUACUGGGCUAGGAGAGUGCAUCUCUCGUUCCCCGACCGGUGCGUGCUCUCGGGGUUCUGCUCCAUUUCGAGCUCCAAGCUGCGAACUAGUUCGACUCUCCACGAGCCUGCUCUCUUUUCUCCUCUCCUCGACUUCGAUCCUACUCUUCGCCAACAGGCAAUUACUUGCCGAAUAGAUCGUCCCGGGGACGAUCGGAAGGGAGGAUUUUCGAAUUUCGAUUAUUUCCGAGAAAUUUUCGAUCGAUUUUCGAGGGAAUUUCGUGCACAGGCAUCGGGAGACAGGAUGAAUGGGGCGAAUGGGUCCGGGUCCGGGUCCGGGACGGAGUGGCACGCUCUGCCGGUGGGAGAGGUGGCGCAAGUGCUGCAGACGGAUGUGGAAAGAGGACUCAAGGAGGCGAAUGUGGAAGAGCUGCAGGCGAAGUUCGGGCCGAACGAGCUGAAAGGCCAGCGGGGAGUAAAUCCGUGGAGAGUGCUGCUGGGCCAGUUCACGAACGGGCUCACGGUGAUUCUGGUGCUGGCGGCCGCGGUGUCGUACGCAGUGCAGGACUACGCGGAGGGAGGAGUGCUGGCCUUCGUCAUCAUCUUCAACGCGGCCGUGGGGUUCGUGCAGGAGUUCCGAGCUGAGAAGACGAUGGACGCUCUGAGGCGCAUGGCCUCGCCCACGGCCAAAGUGAUUCGCGAUGGGGGCCUGAGCCGAAUUUCGAGCCCCGGCGUGGUGCCGGGCGACAUCAUCGUGUUCGAGGUGGGCGAUGUGGUCCCGGCCGACUGCCGCCUCUUCGAAGUGCUGAAUCUGGAGGUGGACGAGGCCAUGCUCACGGGCGAGUCGCUGCCUGUGGCCAAAGCCGUCGAGCCCAUCAAGGGUGACAAUGCGUCGCUGGGCGAUCGACUGAACAUGGUGUACUCGAGCACGACGCUCACCAAAGGCCGAGGCCGAGGCGUGGCCGUGGCCACGGGCAUGAACACGGAGAUCGGCAAAAUCACCAAGUCCAUCGCCGAGACCUCGUCGGGGUCCACGCCCAUGCAGAAGCGGCUCAACCUCAUGGCCUACAUCCUGUUCGGCAUCUCGCUGCUGCUCGCCGUCGUCGUGUUCGCCGUCAACAAGUUCAACUUCAGUACCGACAUCAUCCUCUACGCCGUCUCGCUCUCCAUCGCCGUCAUCCCCGAGGGCCUCAUCGCCGUCAUCACCAUCGUCAUGGCGCUGGGCGUCCGGCGCAUGGCCAGCCAGCGCGCGCUGGUCCGCAAGCUGGUCGCGCUCGAGUCUCUGCAGGCCGUGACGAACAUCUGCUCGGACAAGACCGGCACGCUCACGCAGGGCAAGAUGACCGUGACGAGCGUCUGGCGGCCCGGGUCGGAGCGCGUCGUCGUGACCGGCGACGGGUGGAGUACCACGGGCGAGUUCCUCGUCCGCGACAGCGCCAUUGCGCCGUCGGACCUGCUGGGCGACCUCGGGUUCCGGCUCCUGGUCGAGUGCAGCGCAUUGUGCAACACGGCCAACAUCGUCGAAGCCAGUGAGGGCAAGGUCUGGGGCGACCCGACGGAGAUCGCGCUGCAGGUCCUGGCCUACAAGCUGCAGAUGGGCAAGCCGUCGUUCCGUCAGCUCAAGGAGCCCGUGACCGAGUACCCCUUCAGUUCCGCGACCAAGCGCAUGAGCAUGCUGUACCGCGACGUGGGCCGCGACGCCUUCGAGCUUUACACCAAAGGCGCGGAGAACGUGCUUGACCUCUGCGACCGCGUGCUGGAGAACGGGGCCGAGGUCGAGAUCGCGUCGCGGGACGAGUUCCUGCGCGGCGUGCACGAGCAGAUCCAGGUCUCGGCCAAGCAAGGGCUGCGGGUCCUGGUCAUGGCGUAUCGGACGGUGGAUGAGCGUCAGAUGGGUAAGUCCGUGACGAAGUGGGAGCGCGCCGACGUGGAGGCCAGCCUCGUGUUCCUGGGGCUGGUGGGCAUUCGCGACACGCCGCGACCCGAGUCGAAGGUCGCGGUGGAUCAGUGCUACAAGGCCGGCAUCAUCGUGCACAUGCUGACCGGGGACCAUCACGACACGGCGCUGGCCAUCGCCAAGGAGGUGGGUAUCAUCCGCGCGCCGCCCGACCGGGCGGACGCGACCGUCGUGUCGCUGUCGAACCCCGUCAUGACGGCGCCGGAAUUCGACGCAAUGUCCGAGGCGGAGAUCGACGGCCUAGAGGAGCUGCCGCUGGUGAUCGCGCGGUGCACGCCCGCGACCAAAGUGCGCAUGAUCGAGGCGCUGCACCGGAGGCGCAAGUUCGCGGCCAUGACGGGCGACGGCGUGAACGACGCGCCGAGUCUGAAGAAGGCCGACGUGGGCAUCGCGAUGGGCGCCGGCAGCGACGUCGCCAAGCAGAGCAGCGAGAUCGUCCUGACCGACAACAACUUCGCCACCAUCGUCAUGGCCGUGUCCGAGGGUCGCAGGAUCUUCUCCAACAUCCGCAAAUUCGUCCUGCAUCUGAUCAGCACUAAUGUCGGCGAGGUCAUCGUUCUCAUCAUCGGGCUGGCCUUCAAGGAUCGAUCGGGCCUGUCAGUGUUCCCGCUCGCACCCGUGCAGAUUCUGUACAUGAACAUGGUCACCAGCACGCCGCCUGCCAUGGCGCUCGGGGUGGAGGCGGCCUCGCGGCACGUCAUGAGCGUGCCCCCUCACACCAAAGGCCUUUUCGGCAAGGAGCUGCUGGCCGACAUGAUGGCCUACGGAGUGAUCAUGGGCGGGCUCAUUCUGACCGACUUCGUGCUCGUGAUCUAUGCCUUCGGCGAUGGCAACCUGGGCCUCGAGUGCAACUCAGACCGCAAUGUUUUCGAGUGUAACACAGUCUUCCGUGCCCGCUCCACCAUUUUGAUCGCCUUCACGUGGAUGAUGCUGCUGCACGCGUACAACUGCCGAAACCUCCGCGCGAGUCUGUUCACCAAAGACGGAGGCGGCGCGUCCAAAAUUUUCUCCAACAAGCUGUUGGUCGUCAGUGUUUUUGUGGGCGCCAUUAUGCCCAUUCCCACCGUCUACAUCCCCACGCUGAACACCACAGUCUUCAAGCAGGAGACCAUCAGCUGGGAGUGGGGCAUCAUCUUCGUCAGUGUCGUGGCCUUCUUCUUUUGCUCGGAAUUCUACAAGUACUGCAAAAGAAGAGUCAUGACGAAUCACCACAUAUAAAUCUGCAGAUCCGGGCUAUCUGCUUGUACAUGUAACAUUAUGUCAGCUGUAGAGCCACUUUUCCCCAUGCAUUUGUUUGUCAUUUUUCUUCUGUACAUUACAAUAAAGUGCUUGCCAGAAACUGGCCAGCCUUGUUUCGUGAA